UCUCCUUCUCCUUCCUCUCGACGCCUAGGCGGUUCCAACACCCCUCUUUUCUUCAAGAAGAGAGAAUUAUUCUCAAAGAGAGAGAGUGUGUGUGUGUGAGAGAUUGGGGUUUGGAGAAAAGAUAAAAAAUGACAGAUGAGACGGUGAGAUUCGGGGUUCUGUGCAGUAUGUUCGAGGCGAUGGUGAGGGAUCGGUCGGCGGCGAAGAAACGGAAGCGGUUCAGGACGCUGCUGGACCGGGUGUACACGGGGCGGGACUACUUUAGCGCCGUCCGGCUCAUCCUCCCAGCCCUCGACCGGGAGCGGUGCUCGUACGGGCUCAAGGAGUCCGCCCUCGCCGCCGCCCUCGUCGACGCCCUUGGCCUGGCCAAGGACUCUCCCGACGCCCUCCGCCUCGUCAACUGGCGCAAGGGCGGCGCCCGCUCGGGUGCCAACGCCGGCAACUUCGCCCUUGUCGCCGCCGAGGUUCUACAACGUAGGCAAGGAAUGGCUUCUGGUGGGCUUACAAUCAAGGAGUUGAAUGAUGCUCUUGAUCAACUAGCCUCAAAAGAAAAUAGUCAAACAUCCUUUAACAGGGAAGGGAAGACUGCUGUUCUUUCUGGUCUCAUUAAGAAAACAAAUGCCCUGGAAAUGAAGUGGAUUCUAAUGAUCAUUCUUAAAGAUCUGAAGCUGGGGAUUAGUGAGAAGAGUAUAUUUCAUGAGUUUCACGCAGAUGCUGAAGAUUUGUUCAAUGUCACUUGUGACCUAAAACUAGUCUGUGAAAAACUGAAAGAUCGAAGUCAACGACAUAAACGGCAGGAUAUAGAAGUGGGAAAAGCUGUAAGGCCUCAGCUAGCUCUGAGGGUCACUGAUGCUGCAACUGCAUGGAGGAAGCUUCACGGAAAGCAUGUGGUUGUCGAGUGCAAGUUUGAUGGUGAUCGCAUUCAAAUCCACAAGAAUGGAGAAGAAAUUCACUUUUUUUCACGGAAUUUUCUCGAUCAUCCUGAGUACAAACAUGGCAUGUUGAAUGUUAUUUUACGGAACAUCACUGUUGAGAGGUGUAUUCUGGAUGGUGAAAUGCUUGUUUGGGACACGUCGACUCAACGUUUUGCAGAAUUUGGUUCAAAUCAAGAAAUAGCAAAGGCAGCUAGAGAAGGAUUAGAGAGUGACCGCCAGCUGUGCUAUGUUGCUUUUGAUAUUCUUUAUGUUGGAGACACUAGUGUUAUUCAUCAGAGCUUGACAGAAAGACAUGACCUCCUGCGAAAAGUUGUAAAACCUUUAAAGGGUCGCUUAGAAAUUCUGACCCCUAAUGGGGGUCUUAAUGAUCGUCGUUUGCAAGAACAUCUGAGCAUAGAAGUCCAGUUACAUUUUAAGAGCUAUGGGUUAUGUGCGGCUUUCUCACCUUACCACAUUUGCUGGUUGGUUCCCACUUCCCAGCCAUCUCGAUUGUCAGGCGAACCAUGUUGGUCCAUUGUUGCUUAUACUGUGGAAGAUGUGGAGAGAUUUUUCAAAGAAACUAUUGAGAACAGAGAUGAGGGAAUUGUGUUGAAGGACCUUGGUUCCAAAUGGGAACCUGGUGAUCGAAGUGGAAAGUGGUUGAAGUUGAAACCUGAUUACAUACAUGCUGGUGCUGAUCUGGAUGUGCUUAUUAUAGGAGGAUAUUUUGGUUCUGGCCGUCGUGGAGGAGAGGUAGCUCAGUUUUUGGUGGGUCUUGCGGUGCGUUCAGAUUCUACUAGCUGUCCAAAACGAUUUGUUUCAUUCUGUCGAGUUGGUACUGGUCUCUCUGACGAGGAGCUUGAUACUCUCAUUACCAAAUUGAAGCCCUAUUUCAGGAAGAAUGAAUAUCCAAAAAAAGUGCCACCCUUUUAUGAAGUAACAAAUAAUUCAAAGGAGAGGCCAGAUGUUUGGAUUGACAGCCCUGACAAAUCGGUCAUACUUUCAAUAACUAGCGAUAUCCGAACAAUAAAGUCUGAGGUAUUUGCUGCGCCAUACAGUUUGAGAUUUCCACGUAUUCAUCGUGUGAGAUAUGACAAGCCAUGGCAUGAGUGCCUUGAUGUUCAGUCAUUUGUGGACUUGGUACAUUCAAGCAAUGGCAAUACACAGAGGGGAACCGAUCAUGGAGGUCUACAAAAUCAUGGAUCAAAACAUGUAAAGUCCACAAAGAAGGGAGAGAAGAAAAAUGUUUCCAUUGUCCCUGCUCAUUUGAUCCAUACCGACAUCUCUGGUGUUAAGGAGGAGACACUUAUAUUUGCAAAUAUGAUGUUUUAUUUUAUCAAUGUUCCUCCAUCCUCUUCUGUAGACUACUUUCAUAAAAUUGUGGUUGAGAAUGGGGGAACUUUCUCAAUGAAUCUCAAUGACUCGGUUACUCACUGCAUUGCAGCUGAGAGAAAAGGGAUCAAGUAUCAAGCCGCUAUGCGCCACAGAGAUAUCAUUCACUAUUCUUGGGUCUUGGAUUGUUGCAAACAAAAGCGUCUUCUACUUUUCCAUCCUAAGUACUACUUAUUUCUUGCAGAUUCUUCGAAGAGAAAGUUUCAAGAGGAGAUCGACACAUUCUCUGAUUAUUAUUACUGCGAUAUAGAUAUUGCAGACAUUAAACAGGUAUUCAGCAAUAUGCAUGGACCAGAAUAUGCAAACAACAUAGAUUAUUAUAAAAAGAAGUACUGUCCGGUGGAAGCAUUGUGCUUGUUUCAGGGUUGUUGUGUUUACUUCUACAAAUCAAUGUCUGUUAUAAAUACCUGUGACGAAGUAAUAUCAGAGCUUGCUUUAAGGAGGAUGAGGCUUGAAAUAACCAUGCACGGUGGUGAAGUUUGCAGCGGUCUUCAAUGUGCUACUCAUCUGAUAGUGUGUUCAACAACGAAAGAAGCCAACAACUUUGAUGAAAUAUAUAAAAGUUUUCCAUCUUCUCAAAGACACCUACUACAUGACAGAAGGCUACAUGUUGUGAUGCAUCAGUGGUUGGAAGAUUCAUUAGAAACAGGCAAGAAGUUGCAUGAAGAUUCUUAUAACUUGAAGCCUGAUACUUUAGAAGAAAUUAAGAUUGAUGAGAGCAGGCACAAUCUCGUAUCUCCUGUAACUACAAUUAAUACAGAAAAACAGAGUGUCUCUAGACUAAUUAUAGGUGAAAAGAGGAAAAGAGAUAGGCCCACGCAUGCUGAUACAAGAAAGGGUAGAACAGGUCCAAGACACAAACGGACAAUGCGGGCAAGGAUUGGAAAUAGACUUGCAAAAAUAGAUGCAGACGAAGCAGAGAACAGUGAUUCCUCAGAUGAAACUUCUAUGGGGAAAACCCUGAAGUCAAGGGAAGAGUCUGAGAUUGACAUCACAGAAAGUGUGGGUGUCAAAAAUCAAGAAUCAUUUUCAGAUGGAAGUUGUCAAAGAGAAGCCUUAGGAUCAAGGAAAGAGUCUCAAGGUGACAUGGAGGAAAGUGAGGAUAUCAAAUAUCAAGCACCACAUUUUAGUAUUCAAGUAGCUGAGUAUCAUCAAGGGUCUCAGAUUGUAACUCCAGAAGAUAGAACCAAUGAAAGGUUUGACAAUGUGCAAACUUUGAAUGUUACAGAAACAGGGAAUAAAGGAACUGGUGAAAAAUUGGAACAAAUGGUUGAUCCACUGCGUGCAAUAUUAUUGGAUAUGAUACCAAGUCUUAGCCAGAAUAAUGUGGAAACUGGAAGCUCCAUUCCUGACGGCAAGAAAGCACAGCCAGACCCCCACACCAACCCAGUGAAGAAGAAAGUUAGCUACAAAGACGUUGCAGGUCAACUCCUCAAAGAUGGGUAAUAGUUUAGAAAUCAAGUGAUUUAGUUUGUGUGCGCGUACAUAGAGUAUGACAGCUAAAGAUGCGAAAGUCUGCAACCCAAGCAGUGCUCUUUUGUAUAUUAUUACAGUCAAGUUAGCAUUAUAAUGCUUGUCUUCGAGAUGUUAUGUUUCACAAAACUUUCUUGUACAUGGUGAAGUACAAAAAUCCCUCUUGAAGGAAGCUAAUCUACUACACUUUGGAUUUUAUGCCGUCAGAAUAAUGUUGCCCCAUGGCUCGAACAA